AUGGGGGUUAGAGCAAAGCAGAGCAAUGGCGCUUCUGACAGCAGCCGCAUAUCCGGCAAAAAUGGGGAGAAAAACAACUUUUUACUACAACUUUCCCAAGAUUUGGGCGCACAUCAUCUGCAACAGCAACAGCAGCAACAUCAUCUGCAACAGCAGCCAAUCAUCUUCUAUCAGCCGCCGCCGCAAUUGGCAUACGCUAAUCACGGCCAACACUCGUCCAGCAGUAGCAGCAAUGGUAGCACAGGUGGUGCCGCUCUUCAAUUGAGCGGCGCCGCCAGCAACAGCUCGCUGGGACAUGCUGGACAUGGCCAUAAGCAGCAUCAUCACAGUCACAGUCAUGGUCAUGGACAUGGUCAUGCUAAUGGCAGCAGCAGCAGCAGUGCCAGUUUGGUUCAUGCCAUGGGCAGCUCGACGCUGCCGCAUUUCUCGCAAUCAGCUGGCCUGAUCGCGCCGCCCACCGGCAAUGCUGGUGGGCCCGGCACCGCCUACAUUUCGGCCACGUAUUUGCCCUUCAAUCAUCCCGGACAGCUAAUUAACGCGCAGCCAGUGGCAUUUGCACCGAAUGCCGCUGUGGCAACACCAGCUGCCGCCGGCUUCUAUGCAACGGCGCAGCAGCACCAAAAACAGCAGCAACAACAGAUGGCAUCUGCCCAGCAGCAGCAUGGAAUUGGCGUCAGUCCCGCACCAAGUCCGGCACUAGCACAGCCCAUUGCCUACUAUCACACGCCGCCGCCACUAAAUAACAGCAGCAACAACAACAAUAGCAAUGCCAACAAAAGCAAAUCGACGCCAGGCGGCGGCACUGGCAAUGGCGGCCAUCGUGGCAGCAUGCGCGGAGCCGGGCAGCGUUCAACGCCGCCCCAACAGCAGCCGAGCUACUUUCCCGCCUAUGCGGUGCCGACAGCAACGGCCCCCCAGCGACCUGCGUCGCGCAACUCGCCCCUGAAUGGAACACCAGCGUAUCACAUGCCCCCGGCAUAUUGUCCCAGCAUACCCAUUGUGCCGCCGCAGAGCCUGACGACGGCGCCCUUGAUAGCGGCCGCCAGUAUGACUGCAGCGCCGCCGACUGCGCCGACGGGUUUGCACACGUAUGCGUCGCACUUGCAGAGCACCAGUGCCACAGCCGUGGGAGCGACGGUGCCAGGUGGCGUUGCUGGCGCCUAUUCGAGCACGUCGUUGACUGCACUGCAGCAGCUGGCUGGUGGCUGUGAGAAGUUGAAGGAGCGUCGUCGUCCUACCCAUGCCAUACCCAUUAUACAUCCGGACACCAAAGAGAAUGUCCUCGAUCCCAAUUCUUCGGUGUUCAUUAACAAGGACUCGAACUGCACGCUCACGUCGAGCACGGGCAGCGAGUGCAGCCUGCCGCGCUACCAAUUGGCUGCCGAUCCGGAUGCAAGCUCACUCACUGCUCUAAUACUAGCCGGCAACAUGGUCGAUCAUCAAAUGCAAACGGAGAAAGCUUCGCAGGCGGUGGACGACAGUCAAGCAGUCGAUGCAUCUGCAGCUGCAUUUGCGACUCCAUUAACCGACGAGGACAAAGUCAGUGUCAUUGUCAAGGACAUACUCGCCAACUCGGGCAAUCCAGAUGAGCAUCUCAGCUUUUGGCAGUGCAAUGACGUGGACAAUUCCUCGGAGAAUACAGCCGAGUUACCUUGUGUUGUUGACAAGGAGGCCAAUAACGAUGAGUUGCCGCCCACAAGUUGCAGCAACACAGAUGGGCCAGUGCUGUUCACUGAGUCGCCGACGAGCAAGAAACAGCGUCCCAAGUCGGCCAACAAGCAAAGCACCGCCACGCCCAUUUCGAUAGCAAAUGCUGUUGCCGAGGCAGCCACUAGUUGCAGCAGCAAGACUCGUUGCAUUCUAGCUGGCAUCAAACAGGCGACGAUAUCAGCGCCACAGCAACAACAGAAACCGCUUCUGCCUACGCCAACAACAACAACAGCGAUAAGCGCUCGCUUGGCAACUGAUGCGGGCCCAGCGAGUCCCCUAAAGGUGCCAAAGCCAAAAAUCACGGUACAACAGAGUCAGGUAGCCCAGCGUCAGCAGCAACAACAGUCGCAGCCUCAGCAGCAACAGCUGUCACAACCUCAGCAAGUAAAAUAUGAGCUGGGUUCGAGUUCGUCGUCGGCUGCAUCGACGCCAACGCAUCAGCAAAAUUUGCCACAGAUUCAAUCGACAAAGCAGCAAACUGGACGCGUCAAACCCACAGCAGCAAGUCCAGGCUCAGGCUCAGGUACAGGCCCGGGUACAGGAUCUGGCACGAGCACACCUCAGCAAGUGGCUGUUGCAAGUGCAGUUAUGCCUGCAGCGGCUGUGCCGCCCAGCAGGAAGAAUCAACGCAAGACGCAGAAGCGCAAGGAGCAAGAAAAGAAGAAACAGAAAGCGGCUGGCAACACCGCUACAACCACGACAGCAACUACAGCAGCAGCUGUCAGUAAUGUGACCAACAAUAACAAUAAUAAUAGUAGCAACAGCAGCGCCACAACCAGCUCAAAGAGCAACAGCAACAACAACAAUAACAAUAGUGCAAGUGGCGCUGAGACCAUCAUCACGUAUGUGACCACAACUAAAACGACAGCCGCUGUCGCAUCCGCAACGCUGGCGGACAAAGCGGCGCCCACGACGACUGAUAUGCUUAGUGCAACUAGUAAUAAUUCUAGCUUAAGUUUUAGCCUAAGAGACAAGCAACCCAAAGAAUUGCAGAAGCCGCUGGCAAGCAGCAACGAACCCGAUGCGAUCGAUGCGACGGCUGCCAGUGACCAACUCAGAUAUGGCCAGCAAAGGGAUAAAGAUUCGUGUGAUAUAGAUAUGGUCGCCCAGGCGGUGGAUGUCGACAAGCAUGUGGCCAACAAGGAUAUUGUGGCCAAGUUUCUGCAAAAGGAUGUGACGAACGCCAAUGCACCUAGCCAAGCGGCGGAGCCACAGCUUGAAUUCCUCAAUAGCAGCAGCUCCAUAUGUGAGGAUGAGGACUUGAUGAGUAUCGCUGACGUUGCCGAAAAGUCCACGAAAAGCAAAACGGACGCCGCCGAACUUAACGUUCAUCAAAUUCAAAUCAACAAACUCCCCAAUGAGGCCAAUUUGAGCGAACUGAAAUUUGGUGACUUCAUUGAGGAAGCGACGCCAGAUAAUUCCAGUUUUAUAUGCAGCUCCACCUGGUCGAGCUCACAGCCAGCAUCUGAUCUGGUGAAAAUCUCACAGACCACAUUAUCCGAGGACAAUGUGGACUGUUGUGCCCCAGGAGAUAGUACACACAAGAUUGAGCUGGCGAACAAGAAGGUCUCUGGAUCUGCUGGGCAUCAGUCGGUUAAAUCAGCCGUAUCCAAUACAAACGUGAUGGGAGGCAGCAAAGCGAUAACUGGCACAUUGACUAGAAGCCGUAGUGCCAGCAAAUUCAUAAGGUACAACCUGGAGGAGCUGCGCGAGCUAUCGAAGCUGAGCAUUUCCAGGAAGCCGCCGUUGGUCCCCUGCCAGAAGGGAGAUUGCAUCUCGCAACUGUUCGUCUCGCGACAGUCGCAACAGGUGCAGCAGCAGCAACAGCAGCACCAUCAUGGCCACAACCAGUAUGGUCAGCAAUUUCAGCACACGCACGAAUCAAUGGACUAUGGUUCGGGGAAGCGUGGACGCGGCCAUGGCCAUAACCAGAACAAGAAACAUCAUGAUGGUCACCAGGCGUCGAUGAGCGGCGGCAUAACGAGUGCCAACAAUUCCGGGCCCGGCGGCGGCGGCAUGGGUAGCUCCAAUCGGCGCCACAUGGACAUCAUACGUGUGCAGCUAUCGCUCAAGGAGGAGAUUAAGCUGUCAGAAUGCAAGAAUGCCUGGCAGCCGGAGGCGAUGCGCCGCAUGUCCUCGUUCAGCACAACGGAAAUCGAUCCCGACGAUGACAUGGAAGUGGUGCUAAAGAAAGUCCGUGGCAUACUCAACAAGCUGACGCCGGACAACUUUGAGGUGCUGCUCAAAGAGAUGUCCAGCAUCAAGAUGGACACCCAGGCCAAAAUGACAAAUGUUAUGCUGCUCAUAUUUGAGAAGACCAUCAGUGAGCCAAACUUUGCGCCGACUUAUGCGCGCUUCUGCAAGGUGCUAUUCCACGAGAUCAAGGCAGAGAACAAAUCGCUGUUCACCAGCUCGCUGAUAACUCGGAUUCAGCACGAGUUCGAAUCGAAUGUGAAUGAUGCGAAUGCCAAGGCGAAGAAACUGCAGCCUACCCAGGAGCGGAUCAAUGCGUGCACCGAUCCGGCCAAGAAGGCCGAACUGCGCGCUGAAAUGGAGGACCUGGAAUAUCAGUUCAGACGUCGCGCCUGGGGCACUGUGCGCUUCAUUGGUGAGCUAUUCAAACUGCAAUCGCUGACCAGCGAUCGAGUGCUGCAUUGCGUCGAGUCGUUGCUGGAGCAUGGCUGCGAGGAGAAACUGGAGUAUAUGUGUAAAUUGCUGACCACUGUCGGUCAUCUGCUGGAGGCGGGCCAACCGGAGCAGUACCAAAGCGGGGUGCGCAUCGAAAAGAUCUUUCGCCGCAUCCAGGAUAUUGUGCAACGCUCACGUUUCAAUGCAAGCCAUACAUCGCAUCGCCAGCAUCAGCAUAACAUCAAGAUUAGCAGCCGUGUGCGAUUCAUGAUGCAGGAUGUACUCGAUUUGCGCUCACGGAACUGGGAUCAGCCGGUGACGGCGCAGUCAGCCGCUGCCAAUCGUCAGCAACGUCACAAACAGCUGGAUGAGCCCAAGGCACAGCAGCAAUCGCAGCAGCAGCAACAGCACAGUAGCGGCAGCGGCGGCGUCCGCAGUGGGCAACUGCCACAGCAACAGGCCCAGCAGCAGCAGCAACAGUCAUCGAUUUCGCAGUAUCAACAGCAGAAGCAACAUCAUCUUGGCCACGAGAGCAGCGGAAAUUACUUUAUGCAAAAGUCGAAUAAGUCGCAGCAUCAGGAGAACCAAUCCUUGAGCAUAGAUGUGAAUAAACUACGCUUCAGUAGCGGCGGCGCCGAGGACACAACGACCGCCAAGCUGGGCAACUCGUCACUGUAUCAGUGGCCGAGCAAUCGUCCGACACUGCUCACGAAGCUCGUCGAGGAGGUGUUGAGUACACGAGACUGGCAAAAUGAAGUGCUGACCAUUUGGCGCAACUCCAAUACCAAUAGACCCCAGACUGUGGAAUCAAUUAUAUAUUACGUUCUCAUGGAGUAUGUGCAUAGGGCGGAAGUCAAGCGACAACAGCGUUUGGCAUGCGCCAAUGUAUUUUCGUUUUUGAUGCGUCAUCAGGCUUUUGGCCGGGUCAUCUUUGCCCAGGCAUACGGACGCUUUGGCGAGGAUUUUCCCGAUCUGCUGGUCGAUGUGCCCAACGGUUGGACAUAUGUCUUUGAGUUUCUCGGUCCCAUACUGCAUGAGGGCUGUCUGGACUUCAAUGAUGUGUGGCAAAGUCGCUGGUUGGAGGAUGCCCAGUUCACCGAGCGUUUCGUUCGCGCCUUUGUCAACUAUUUUGUGCAAGAGUUUGGCGCCAGCUUCACACACAAGCUGUGGCACAUAGACAACAAGCUGGAUCGAGGCCAGCUGUUCUGGAGCGAUGCUCGCAAGUAUCGCGACUUUUUACAGUCGAAUAGCUUUCAAUUUUUGGAGCCAAACAGCACACCGACAACUUCGGGUGUGCAGCGACCGAAGGUCACUCGCACCCCGGCGGAGCAUGUGGAGCGCAUCAGCUAUCUGCUGCGGCUGUCCAGCGAUACCGCAAUUGACUACAUCAAUACCAAUGUGCACAUAAAUGUGCCAUUUGUGCGCCAACUUACCAAAUUCCUUUGCUGUGAUUUCGCACUGACUGUGAUCACCAAUAAACCAUCGACUAAGACUAAAAACAACCAUAAGACUAACAAGAACAACAACAACAAGAAGCAGCUGCAGCUAAACGUCGAGAACUUCAAGAGCCAGUGCACCCCACUGCUCCGCCUGUGCAUCGAUAUGCUGGAGGCGCACGAGAUCGCUUGCAUCGAGGAGUCACUCGACUCGAUACACAGACAGUAUACGCUAGAGUGCGACAGCGGUGAGUUGGCCAUGGCGGAGACCAUCUGCAGCAUUUGGAGUGUGCUGUACGACAGCGAGGUCAUUUCGCGGGACUCAUUUCAAAAGUGGCUGAAGCAGGAGAUCGGGCCAUCUGGCCCCGUCUAUCCCCGACUGCUGAAGGAUAAAUUGCGUGCGUUUAUCGAGAAAAUCUGA